AUGGCGUCGCGCGCGCGCGUGGUGAUAGACGCCUACGUCACCCCCGACGCCGAGCGCGUGACGCGGUCGAUCGCGUCGAGCGCGACGUCGACGGCGAGAGAUGAAUGUCUCGCCGCGCGAUGGGUCGCGCGCUCGGGUGGACGGGCGCGCGGGUGCGCGCGCGUGGAGUGCGCGCUUUGGGCGAUGGAGGCGUUGGAGGUGAAGACGGUGACGGUGGAGUGGAUCGGGCGAGAGCGGACGAGGGACGGGGGCGAGCGCGUGGUGGCGCGGUCGAGGGGGGGGGAGGUGGCGGGGGACGGGACGACGACGACGGUGGAACCGGGAUCGACGGCGACGUUCUCGUUUGGAAUCGAUCUCCCGCCCGUGCUCGCGCCGAGUUUUGAGGGUGAAUGGAUGGGGUACUCGUAUGAGAUCACGAUCAGGGCGACGCUGGAGAACGGGGAGGAGCUCGAGGCGAGCGCGCCGCUCACGGUUCGAGCGCAUGGAGAUACCUGGAACGCCGAGUCGGAGGUUGAGGAGGGCGAGAAUGACGUCGCGCGAACGCGAGUGAACCUCGCGGCGCCUUGGAUUCACGUUGAGGAUGUCGUACCACCGGAGUCUCCUCGUUUCGCUGGGUCGUUACCGUCGCCUCGAGCGCUGACGCCGUUUCACGCGUGGGGAGAAGACGUCGGCGAGACCCCGCGGAGCCCGAACGAUGAGUCCGCGGCGCGGUCUCCGUUCGAGCGACAACAUUCCGCGACAGAAUCAAAGUCAAAGGCGUACAUUGUGAGCGCUGGCGACGAACCUUUACUAAAGGUGAUCCUACGUAAGCCGGCGCCCAAGUGCACCAUCGGCGGAGAAAUCGCGGGCGCUCUCGACUUCACGUGCUCAAGACCCGGCGGUGCAAGGGCAUCCGAGGUGAUGAUCGCUCUGGAAUCGAAUGAAAUCUUACACGCGGAGGCGAAAACGGCCCCGGGUGGAAGUCCGCCUAUUUUUAGGAAAACGUGGGUUCGAACGAGUGAGCGCGUGGAACAUCUGGACACCUCGCACUUCGUGAUGAAUCUGCCUUUGAACUCACCGGGCAGCUUUAGAACGGCGAGUGUGGAGUUGAAAUGGCUCCUGAAGUUCGAAAUUACGUCGGUCAGGACGUCGCGUGCGGGAGAAUUCGCGGCAUUUUUUAAGGGUGAGACGGAGAAGAGGGAGUAUGCGAAGGUUGAGUGGAUUUUGCCACUCGAAGUGGGAAGCGACUGGUUGACGUCUGUGUCCGCGGUGGGGAAAGUGGCGGAUACGCAGUUGCGGCGAGAGUCAUCUCUGGUAGCAAUGCCUUAG